AGAAGAGAAACAAACCGACAAGACAGUCACAUACACAGCGCGGUGCACUUUUAAAAGUUGUUUUAGUCAUAUUUUGUACAUGUAUUUGGAUUUACUAUGUUACCGACUAUUUAUCAUUUUCCAAAUCGUGGAAUGAGAGACGACGAAACAAGAUUGUGUUGCUGUAAUUUAGUCAGCGCAUAAUUUUCUGUUUGUGUACUUUAUUUGCUUCGGGACAUCGGAAUCACACGUUAGGAGUGUAUUGCCUGUUUCAUGCGACUAGACAUACUCCAUCUGCCCCAUCCGCACGACUGCACCGGGACAGUGGAUAUCACGGGACAUUUACGGAUAGAAACUGGACUACACGCCGUAUUUUGAAUGCCUUUGCCGGGACUUUGCUGGCUUGUGUGCUGCAGACAAGGCUUUAGUUUGUUGGCUCGGGAGCAUGGGGAGAAAGAGGAGGAAGAAUCUUUCGAGUUACGCAAUCAGGACGGGCACACACGCACGGGACGGGGGCAGCUAGAGGUCACCAUGACUCCACCCUCUCGCUCAGUCAAUGGCACUCCCUGUCUGACAGGGGGUUCUGAGGAGAGAAGAAGCCUCAUCACAGAGAAGACUAAGAUGAAGAUGGAGGAAGACCCCGAGGUGCUCGUGAAGGGCUGGCUCCUCCGGGAGGUUCAGGGCGGCUGGCUCCGACAGAGGAGGUUCUGGUUCGUGUUGACGGCCGAUUCGCUCGACUACUACAGCGGCCCGGACAGGGAUGCGCGCAGACUGGGCACACUCGUGCUCACCUCACUGUGCUCUGUGCUGUGGCCCGACAAACACACCUACAAACAGACAGGUUAUUGGAGUUUGACGGUGUACGGCAGGAAGCACUGCUACAGGCUCUUUACCAAGCACUAUAAUGAAGCUGUACAUUGGGCGUGUGCUGUACAGAAAGUCAUUGACAGCAAAGCUCCAGUGGACACGCCAACACAGCUCCUCAUACGAGAUAUUGAGGAGAACAAAUUCAAUCCAGAAGUUGUGGAGCACAUAUAUCAGCAUAAUCCUAUCCUGAGGUACACGCAGAGCCCUCUUUACGCCCCGCUGCUGCCUUUCCCUUAUGGCAGCCUACACCACACACAUAUGUCCAGUAAAGGCUACACGUCCGUCCGCGAAGAAGCCGUGAGGUUGUUUAACUGCCUUCAGCAGUUAGAGUCCGCCCAUGAGCCCAUUCCUCUAAUACAGGGAAUCCUUCAAACCUGCCUCGACCUCCGGGCGCUCCGAGACGAGCUGUACUGCCAGCUUAUCAAACAGACCAGCGUCACCAGCUCGCACGCACAAAACCAAACGCAGCCGAACCUGAGGCUCCGGUACUGGCAGCUGCUCACCUGCAUGAGCUGCACCUUCCUGCCCAGCAGCAGCAUACUUAAGUACCUGCGCUUUCACCUGAAGAGGGUUCAGAGUUUGUGUUUGGACCCAGAGGUGGAGAGCUACGCGUCGUUCAUAGCCCAGGCUCUGGAGAAGACACGUGGCCGUGAGUGUGUGCCUUCAUGGGAGGAGAUCCAGGGGCUGAUGGGAAGGCAGGAGAUACUGUGUACCGUGCACUACCCUGGACCAGGCUGCUGCCAGAUACCGAUCACCUCGCACACUACUGCUAAUGAGGUUGUAAAGAGAAUGGCAGAGCGCCUUGGGCUGCAGGACAGCCGAAACACGUUUGCUCUCUUCGAGCAGAAUGCAUGCUGGGAGAAAGCUAUUGGAGGAAAUACAAUAAUUGCUGAUGUCAUCACCAGAUUCGAAAAUCUGUCAGCAAAAGAGCCGGAUUCAGACAGCCAUUGGAGACUGUGCUUUAAACUUUACUGUCUGCUGGACACAGAUAACAUCAGCACAGACAACAUCGAGUACCUUUUCCUCUAUGAGCAGUGUCAUGAGAUGGUGGUGCGAGGGCAGUUGCCAGCCUGUGAGGAUGACCUCCUUUCCCUGGCAGCCCUGCGACUGCAAUGUCUUCUGGGAGAUUUCAGCGCCCUCUCUCCGUACCCGCCCUUGGAACAGCUCUUCCCAGCUGAAGUGGUGGAGGCCCGGGCCCUGUUGGCUCCUGUAGAUCCCCCCGGCUGCCCUUCUUUCCCCGGGGGCCUGUUGGCGGGGACGUUGUGGGGUCACAAGUGCCGUCAAGAACAGGACCAAAGACUGCGGACCAGGCUGAGGGAGGAGGGAGCCGUGGUGAUGUCGGCCAUUUUAGAGCGAUGGAAAGCUCUGGUGGGAUACAGUCGCAGAGACAGCAUGGCCGCCUAUCUCACCAUUGCCCGCCAGUGGUCGGGGUUCGGCUGCACGCUUUAUGAAGUGGAUUUUUACAUAAGUUCGACAGGAAGCUUCUCUCAGAAAUUGUGGCUGGGCGUGGCCGCUUCCUGCGUGUCUUUAUAUCGCCAGGGCGAGGCUGAAGCAUUGGAGUCUCUACCUAUUGGUCAGAUCUGUUCCUACGGUGUCUCUGAUAGCAACACAUUCAGGAUCACUGCAGGAGACCGAGAUCUGCUCUUUGAGACCACCAAGUUGACUGAGAUCAUGCAGCUGAUGAAUGCUUACUUCAGUGCCACCCGUCGCCAGCUAGGCAAGGAUGACUACAUCACCAACCCUAAGCUCCACCCCUCCCUACUUGAGCUACCCUCUCACCCGGUGUGAGGAGAGAAUGAUUCGCACACAUACGCACUCAACUCUUGACCGAUGUACGCACGUAUGCACAUACGCAGUCCUGGCCGAUUACCUUCCGAGGAGCUUUGGACAGUAGACGAACUCUUACGAGACGGUAGAUAUUCAGCUCAGAAUACAAAAAGAUGACGCGACUUCUUGGGAGAAGGACUGGACGGGAAACCAAAUAACCACAAACAGGAGAGCAAGUUUAUAAGCUCAGUCUUGCCAAAUCCUGUGAGGACACAGGGUUCAUGGGUGGCAUACUUGGACAAAUCUAGUAUGCAAGACGCCAGAGAUAACUCGCAGGUUAAAUAUUUUAAGUCAGCGUCUUAAAGGAGCAGCAAUGACACUUAUACUGCACACGCACGCUCAUCCAACUUUUACUGUCAUUCAUCACCUCACAAAUGACCUUGAAAUGAAAACUUCGUUGUACAGACUUCCUUUAUUAAAGCGACGGUGGUGUAUGUGUGUUUGUGUGAAAGAUUUGAACUCUUUAAGCUGUAGAAUUGAAACCAAAGGAUCUUUAGCUUGAGUGUAUUUGUGAAACGUGUUGAGCCUGGUGCUGCUUGACUGAGCUUACAGUAACUUUACACUGUAAAGCCUUAUAAAAACGAUAAAACACUCAUUUAGAUGUCCCGUUGCAUUCUGGUAAAUAACACAUUUGCAAAUUUGGGUUUUGUCAGCACGUCCUGGACAUUUAAUUGUAAAACACUGAAGAUAAUGUAACACUAUUGUUAUGCAAUAUAUAUAUAUAUAUAUUAUCACCCCUUAAGUACAUUUCCAUAAGAGCCUGGCGUGUAGCCUUUGUUGUGCUUUAUGAAGCCGUACGUCUUGCUUAUGUUAGCUUUAUGACUAACAACUCAAGUACAUUGUCCUUUAUCUGCUGAGAGCGCAUAUAUUGUCCCAUCGUGUGUUUUACUUUCUACUAGUUUUAUUUAUGGCUGUAUGUUUGUGUGGAUGUUUUUUUAAUUGUGCUUUUUAACUUUUGUUUAUAUAUCUUUCAUAAAGACCUGUAUUUGAGUGCGUUACGAAUGGCUGAUGAUGUCAUAGUUAAAUUAUGGCGGCAAUGUUAAGAUGCUUUUAUGUUAUUUGUUGAGUUAGCUUCCCCCUGUGGCAAGAGGUCAGCAAAAACAUCAGCAUUUGACCGUAUUUUGUUUGUUAUGUAGGUGAAGUAGCAUUAUUUCGAUUUCUUUGUGUCAUUAAGUAAACCAAAAAUGAAGUCGUACGCCCAAGUUUAAGUCAAAUGGACCAAAUACUGUAUAUUGAGAGGUUUCCCUUGAAUGACUGCCAAACUGAAGCAAUAAAUCCUGCCCACUUAUUCUGAGCAUAAGCCCAUAAUUAGUACAGUAUCCCUUAAAGUUGCCUUCGUAGCAGCCACCAGUGCCUGUAAAACACAAAGCCUGUACAAUCUACAACUUCAUCUGGCUCAUUGUUUUCUGUAUACUUUUAAGUGUUUUUGGUGUGCACUAUCUUUGCUAUUGAAAACAAAUCUGGAAAAAGGUUACCAGCUACUUGAAGUAAAAAAAAAAGGAGGGCAAUCGCAACUUGUUUUCUUUAUCUUUUGCGUCAUUUGAAGUGUCUUUUGCUCCACUGUUAAACCGAAGCAUGCCCCUGUGACGGCAGGAGUGCUUGCGUUAUUAUUCUUCCCAUGUCACUCUGCAGCUGCAGGCAGCUCCGCCCACUGUCAUGCGUGUAUGAAAACUCGAAUGACGACCUCUGAUGCAUUAGCAGGUUUGUUUUACGCAGCAUGGUACCUUUCUCUUUAUGUUACAUGUGUAAUAAUCGAUUGCACUAUUGUUUGUACAGCUAACUUAAAUGUGCAAUAAUGCAAAAUGAUGAAUACUGUAUGUAAUAAAAAGCAGCACCCUUACACCACCA